UUUUAUUCCUUUAUAUAAAAAGUUAUUAGUUAUUGUACCAAUUUCUACAAAAUGACACCUGCUGAUAUUUUUUCUUCAUUUUGUACAGAAAACAGAAGGACGACUACUGUUAAUACCUAUCAUCUUAACAAAGAUUUGACAAUGAAGGGCAAGAGUGACUUACAAUCUUCCUCCAAAGUACCCGAGGAGGAAGAAGAUGAUUAUGACAUUGUAAAUUCUUCCACUCUGGAGGCCAUCCAUGCUUUGAGAAUCCUUCCUGCCAAACCUAUACAAGAAUCCGAAUACGCAGAUAAACGUUGGUUAAGGCCUUCAGGUACCACUUCCCCAACGACCAAGCAGCACACAUCUCAGUCCCCUCAGUACUCGGCUAAACACACAUCUGCUCUAGAGGGGAGAAGCGUGCCAAGUGUUAGAGGUACAAUUAACAAAAUAAAUCUACCCAUUUCUGCAACCGGAAAUAGUGUUUCAAACUCUGCUUUUAAACACACAUCUGCUCUAGAGGGGAGAAGCGUGCCAAGUGUUAGAGGAGAAAGAGUGAAAAUACAUGGAUCCCAGAGCCCUGUACCUCCCCCACGGCCUCUGAAGACACUGCCAAAGCAGUAUCAGCCACUUCCUCCAGAGCCGAAGACAAGCAGCCAGUUCUUCCACACGAGGAAAACGCUCAGCCAAACUCAUACCUUUCCAAUAUCAGCAAAAAUCACAAGACAUCUAUCCGUUAAGGAACUAAACGAAGCACCUGGAAGAGAACAAGUUACAGAUUUGGGGAAGAAACCUGAAAUAUCUUUUCAAGCACAACAGUAUAAACCAAAGCAUCAUACUGAAGCCAGCCUUCAAUGUACGUGGAGCUCUAAAAGCCUUUGCACCUCAGGGUCCACGUUAAAUGUGGAGAACUCGUCAGUGAAGAGGUCACCAUCUCCUACACCAUACACAGCACACAAAGACAAAUCAAAACAUUCACUUGUAAAACGGGAAAUGCAAUCUCUCACCCAACCCACUGAAAAGGAUUUAAACAAACACGAAUGGUACAUUGGAGAAUAUGAUCGCUAUGAAGCAGAGAAGGCACUUUUACAGGAAAACAUUGACGAGACAUUCUUGGUUAGAGAUUGUUCAAAGAAAUCAAAUGCUGAACCGUAUGUUUUGGUUGUCUAUUAUGGAAGAAAAGUAUACAACAUUAAAGUACGUUUUUUGGAAGAGAGUCAACAAUACGCUCUGGGAACAGGCCUCCGAGGAGAAGAUGUAAGUAAAAAUCCCACCUAA